AUGAAUGUCUUGAAAUAUUUUCAAGAGUACCGACGUCUCGCUAAGGCGAUAGUAGAGGCUUUGCAGGACUCCAAGUUCGAUGAGGAACUACUCUUCGACCUGAAGAAGGAGAAUCAAGUAUACCUCAAUCGUACCAUGUCUUGUAUCAUCAAGUAUGUUGUUAAGAGGGAGGUGGACAACUACAGAUCGCGGCGCACGGACGCCAUCAGUCGUCGGAUUUAUUCCUCGCUCGUUAUGAAACUGAUCGACAUUGCUAAGGACUUGCCGCGCAACACUAGCGCCACGAACCGCAUCGAGACCGCGCACAGAUAUUACACCUCGGUGGAAAACCGCGAACAGCACGACAAGAUGGCGGACGCCCAGGUGUUCCAUGCGAGUGCCAGACUCUAUGACGUCAUGUUUACUACUCCUCGUGUGAUGGCACAUCUGGGCAAUUUGGAGGACUUAACGCCGAAGUUGCUCACAAAACGCCUCAUGGAAAUGCAAAUCAAACCAGUACAUUUUGCUGUCGCCCUGCUGAUACAAUACCACCUCCGUAAUACAAUCAACUUCGCAAUCCACUCAAAGUGUCUGGACGUACUGAGCACCAAGCCUCAGAUGGUGGGACCCAACGUCAUCGACAUGCUUAAAUCGUUAGCCUCCAGACUACUGCCUGUUGCCGAACUUCUCGACAUACAUCUGGCGUAUUACAGUCCAGCAUUCAAAGACACCUGCCCCACUACGUGGCUGGGCAUCGUCAAUAAUAAACAGCCUUGA